AAAAAAAAGAAAAAAAUUGGCCUCGUAUUAUCAGACAUCAUCUAAAACACGCUUCAACAACUCCAAUGGCUUUCUCCAAUCCAAUUCCUCCACCACUUUUCAAACCACCAAGACCCGACCGGUUAACCCGGAAAACUGUCACCAUACCCGGGUCCUCCAAACCCAUCAACCCGAAUUUUUCGAAAGAACUAGCAAAGGAAAAGAAAGAAGAAAAGAAUAAGAAGAUAGCAUCAGAGAAAGCAGUAUCAAUAAUAUUAAGAAGAGAAGCUACAAAAGAAGUAAUUGAGUAUAAGAAGAAUAAGAAUAAGAAGAAAGGGAAUUCCAAGAAAUUACUGCCACGUACUGUUCUUGAAGCUCUUCAUGAACGUAUUACUGCCUUGCGUUGGCAAUCUGCUCUUAAGGUCUUUGAACUCCUCCAGGAGCAGUUAUGGUACAGGCCCAAUGCGGGUAUCUAUAUCAAAUUAAUCGUCAUGCUUGGGAAAUGUAAGGAACCUGAGAAAGCUCAAUCUUUAUUCGAGAUGAUGGCGGAGGAGGGCUGUGUCGUGAAUCAAGAAGCUUACACUGCUCUUUUGUCUGCCUAUAGCCGCAGUGGUCGUUUCCAUGAAGCAUUUUCUAUCCUGGAAGAGAUGAAGAACACUCCGAACUGCCAACCUGAUGUCUUCACAUAUACCAUCCUGAUAAAGUCUUGCUUGCAGGUUUAUGACUUCGACAAAGUGCAAAUCGUGCUUUCCGACAUGGAAUGUAUGGGGAUCAAGCCCAAUACAGUAACAUAUAAUACUCUCAUUGAUUCCUAUGGCAAAGCGAAAAGGUUCAAAGAGAUGGAAUCCACACUUGUCGAAAUGCUGCGGCAAAGAGACUGCAAGCCAGAUGUGUGGACGAUGAACUCAACAUUGAGAGCGUUUGGUGGCAGUGGGCAAAUAGAAAUGAUGGAAAAAUGCUACGAGAAGUUUCAGAGUGCUGGAAUUGAACCUAGUAUCAAGACAUUCAACAUACUCUUAGAUUCAUAUGGGAAAACAGAAAACUACGAGAAAAUGGGCGCUGUAAUGGAGUUUAUGCAGAAAUACCAUUUUUCAUGGACAAUAGUUACUUACAAUAUCGUAAUAGAUGCAUUUGGAAGGGCUGGAGAUUUAAAGCAGAUGGAAUUUCUUUUUAGGCUGAUGCAGUCUGAACGGAUAAAACCAAACUGUGUUACUCUUUGUUCGCUUGUAAGAGCGUACGGGAAAGCUGGUAAAGCUGAAAAACUUGGAGGUGUUUUGCGGUUUAUUGAGAAUUCUGACGUGGCACUUGAUACCGUGUUUUUUAACUGCCUAGUGGAUGCGUAUGGGAUGAUGGGACGCUUCACAGAGUUGAAAGAGGUGCUCGAGAUGAUGGAACGAAGUGGAUGUAAGCCAGAUAAGAUAACAUACAGAAGUAUGAUUAAAGCAUAUUCAGUAAAUGGAAUGACUAACAGAGCAACAGAGCUCCGAAACCUACUUACCUCAUUGGAGAAGAGGCAAUAGCUUCACAGUUCAAAGCGCUAGCAACGGCAAUGAUCCAAAAAGUGAUUUUGUUUAUCAAGUGUUCUUGGUCAGAUAACUUCUGAGACACUGUUUUACGUUACUUCAGAAAUAGUCGAAAGAAGUUGUUCUCAGUGGCCUUAUCAUUGAACUGAAUGCUGUCAGGAAUAAAGCUGAAAUCAUCAAAAAUGAUCAGGUAACUUGUUAUGUAACCAGUUCCAUUAAUGUACAUCCUCUUAACGGGAAUUUUCCUUAUUUUCUCAUCUCGAAAUGCAUAACAAUGAAUUAGGAGAGUGACUGACAAAAUACCCUUUCCUACUAGUAUGUUUGAAUUUCCACAAGCUCUUCUUAAUCACAUAUUUGUAAAAUAACCUUGGUCUAUCGGAAACAACCUCUCUACUUCGUCUGAGGUAGUGGUCUGGACUGCAUACACUUGACCCUCCCCAGACCCCACCUUUGUGGGAAUACACUGGGUAUGUUGUUGUAGUUGUUUUCAUGAAAACCUACUCGUUUUUUUCCUCUACGAGAUAGAACUCAACAUUUGACUGUCUUGAUAUCCCUAAAACGGGAUUAAUUUCUCCUGUCAGUCGGAACUGGACCGAGGUGAAGACUAGCAAUCAAUGAUUUCGCAAACUUUGGCUUUCCCGGUCUCUUGAGGCAUCUCUUGGACAGCAAUCAAAGGAUUAUCUUUCUCAGAUCCUCUAAAAAUGCACUACUUUGAAAGGAUCCGACACACAGACGGUGACAUUUUUGGAGAGUCCGAGGAACAGACUUAGCGAACAAUGUCAACAUCAUAUGGAUCAAUAUAUUCAGACAAUUAAGUUCAGCCCUGAUGGACAAAUAAAACACUGCAGCAGUACUGAGAUUUCCAUUCUUAAUUUAGUGAAAUACAGUUAGUAUUUGCUUAUGUAGUUACUUGUUCGGAGAUUUCUAUUAUUAUUUAUUUUUUCUUCUACUCGACUAUCAUAUUAUUUUGUUGUAGUUUCUGUUCUGUUAUUAUUUGUGGUUUCUGUUAC